UGCAGGAGAGCCUUACCCACCUGUAAAAGGCUAGCCAUGUGUAAGAAGAGGAAAGAGGUAUUACAACAUCCUGGCGUCAAGGUUUCUGCACAUAAUGAAUCUUUUCUUGGGAAAAAAGUACGCAGGUUCAGGAUAAGCACCAUCUAAUGCCUGAAAAUACUUUACCAUUCUCCAUGAGAAAGAUGAAUUUUACAAAUUGCACAGCAGAAACAAUUGCAAAUAAAUCUAAAACUGUCACGGACAAAAUGUUGAUUUCCAUAGCAUUGGCUGUAAUAACUACUCUGACCACGCUGUUAAAUUCCGCUGUCAUUAUUGCCAUAUGCACAACCAAGAAAUUACACCAACCUGCCAACUAUUUGAUAUGUUCCCUGGCGUUUACAGAUUUCCUGGUUGCCAUUUUGGUAAUGCCUUUAAGCAUUGCCUACAUUGUUAUGGAUACCUGGACUCUUGGUUAUGUGAUCUGUGAAAUAUGGCUUAGUGUGGAUAUGACUUGCUGUACUUGUUCGAUCCUUCAUUUAUGUGUGAUUGCCCUUGAUCGAUACUGGGCCAUAACCGAUGCGAUUGAAUAUGCCAGGAAACGUACAGUUAAACGGGCUGCUGUGAUGAUCCUAACAGUAUGGGCCAUUUCAGUCUUCAUUUCAAUUCCACCUUUAUUCUGGAGAAACCAUCAUGGUAUAAGUACCCCCAGCCAAUGUAUUAUUCAGCAUGAUCAUGUGAUCUAUACAAUAUACUCCACACUUGGGGCAUUUUAUAUCCCUUUGACUUUAAUACUUAUUUUGUACUAUAGAAUAUACCAUGCUGCAAAAAGCCUUUACCAAAAAAGAGGAUCGAGCCGCCAUUUAAGCAACAGAAGCAAUGACAGCCAAAACUCUUUUACCCAUUGCAAGCUCACGCAGACAUUCUGUGUGUCAGAAUUUUCCACAUCGGAUCCCACCAUAGAGUUUGAGAAGAUGACUGCAUGCGUGAGGACUCUGCCAUAUGACAACGACACUGACCUGACAGGGGAUCGACAGCAACAGAUCUCUAGCUCAAGAGAAAGAAAAGCAGCUCGUAUCCUGGGACUUAUUUUAGGUGCUUUUAUGUUGAGCUGGUUGCCAUUUUUCAUCAAAGAGCUUGUUGUUGGACUUAGCCUUUGCACCGUAUCCCCUGAAGUGGCUGAUUUUCUGACCUGGUUAGGUUACGUGAAUUCACUAAUCAAUCCACUUAUUUACACUAGCUUCAAUGAUGAUUUUAAGAUAGCCUUUAAAAAACUUAUCAGAUGCAAAGAGCAUUCAUAAAGAACACAAGCAGGGCAGCUAACUGUCUUAUAGGCCUUAAAGGUGAGAAAAUACCACAUGAUACAAGAAUGUCUUUUGAAUCAUGUCAGGUUAGGACUAUGUUUUUUAAAAUAUCUUGGCUUGGUGUCUACUCUUUUCUUUUACGUCUUGUCAUGUAAUGCCGUCUUCUACCUCUGUUUUUAAAAGAAAAAAAAAUCAGACAUCAAUUUUAUAAUACAUAGUAACAUAUUACCAGUAGAAAUGUUAAGGGACUGUUACUAUUACCAAAUUUUAAUGUGUGAUUUAAGAAAACAGAAACAUUGUGCAUUUCCCUUUGUAUGAGUGCUGAAUGUUCAUAUGAGCUUAUAAAGCGUUUACAUUUCUGUA